AUGGCUAACAAGCCCAUACGGUGCGCGAGCAAGGCCGCCGAGAGCGCGUCCGCGCGUCUCUGUGCGGACGCCGAAGCAGAAACCACUGCGACCGAUGUCUCAUCGGUUUCUGAAGCGUCUCAGCCUGUGUCACCUGGUGAUGCAGGCGCUCGUCAUGAAGACACUCAUGUCUUCACAGAGUAUGAGCUCGGUGUCUCAUACUCUCUUGAUACGGAAGAUGGAUCUGUAUCGACGGCGAUCGAAACCAAGCCGCCUGCCAAGCGUGGCAUGGAUGAUGCUAUGCGUCGCAGCAUCUUUGGUUCGUCUGACGAAUCAGAUGAACCAUCGCCAAAUCGAAGGCGCUCGAGAUCGCAAGACUCGGGCGCUCACAGUGGUGUCGGUUCUCCUAUUGACACCACUUCGCAGCGAGGUACCAGUACUUCUGUCGGCACGUCGCAGGAAGAGCGGGACCGCAACGUGUUGUGUCUCGCUCCCGAAAAGAAGGCAUGGCUGUCUCCAAAGUCAGUCAUGGAUCGCUUGUCGGCGACGACAAGUGAUCGCUAUCGAACGCGAUUGUUGGAUUCAUCAAGGAUCCAUCACCUUGACCCCAGUGCAAAAAACUAUCGCGCUGAAAUGAUUUAUUCAUCGAUGCUUUCUUUAAACAUCGAUGGUACAGUGGGAAUCACAAACGUGAUGGUCCCUCACUGCUUCAAGCGUGGAACGCUUACAUCCAUAACCUUGAGGAUGUAG